AAAAUUUGGUAACUGGGAAAGGAUAUGGCAAACCAGCUGCAACAAGCACUGAGGAGCCUUUGCUGCAACACUCCUUGGAAGUAUGCUGUGUUUUGGAAGCUCACACAUCGAGCUCGAAUGAUGUUGACUUGGGAGGACGCUUACUAUGAUAAUGACGGGUUUCCGGAGAAAACAUCUCCUGGUAGUACAUCAGGCAACCUUCAUGAUGGACAUUAUUCCAACAAUCGUCUUGGAGUAGCUGUGGCAAAGAUGUCGUAUCAUGUUUAUUCUCUUGGAGAAGGUAUUGUAGGGCAGGUGGCAAUUACUGGAAAACAUUUAUGGCUUUCAGCAGACACAGGUGCAACUAUCACCAGCUUGGCGCCUGAGCACUGUGAUGGGUGGCAAGCUCAAUUUUCUGCUGGGAUUAAGACCAUUGUUGUUGCUGCAGUUGCUCCACAUGGAGUUGUACAACUUGGAUCCUUGGAUAGUAAGAUUCCUGAGGAUUCGAGGGUGGUCAAGCUUAUUAGAGAUGUCUUUUCUGAGCUCUUGGAGUCGAUGGCAAGUUGCUUGCAGAGUUCGAUGCAGAACAGCAUGGAAAAUUCUUGCUUGUCAGAGAUUUCGACAAGAACCUCAGGUUCAGAGUUUUUUCAAGUCUGCGCAAAUAAUCUAGGUAGAAAUGUUUGUGAAGAUGGGAGAAAUAUGUGGUCUCCUCUAUAUACAUCUGUUAAAAAAUCUUUUGAUCAUUCUUGUAUCUUCUCGCAACCUGGAAGUUACCCAAAUAAAAUACUUGAAGUGGUUAAUAAGCAAGGACUUCAUGAGACUGCAGUUCAAGGAUCUGGUCACUGUGAGAAUCUGCUUCCACCAAGCUGUGAAAGUUCCCUUAUAAAACACCAAGAGGAAGGGCAGAUGUGGGAAGAAAAUGAUCAGAAGUUUGAAGGGCAAUCUAGCAACUCGAGAGUCUUGGGAAAGGGCUCAGUAGAUAAAGCUAAGCCUACUUUUAGAAAUAAUGGAAGUAAUGAAAGUGUUUCAUAUGAUGCUGGACAAGUCACCGAACGCACUGUGCCAUAUAAAAACGAUCUUUCUUCUGAAGCUUACAAUGAUCAAAUUGGAGUGUUGGGUGUGCCAGAUCUUCCCAAUGCAUAUCCAGAUAAAUGUGUAGAGAAAAAUUUAGGUUUCGAGACCGAGUGUAAUUACACAAUGCACACUCCUUUCAGGUUCUGUGCUGGCUACGAGCUGUUUGAAGCACUAGGGCCAAUUUUCCAGAAAGGGAAUUCUUCCAACGACUGGGAGGCAGGGAACCGGGAAGAAAUGGCUGUUGAGAUGCUUGAGGAAAUCGGCACCAGCAGUCUGUUAAAGAGCAGCACUGGCCAGGAGCAUCUUCUAGAAGCAGUAAUAGCUAAUGUUAACCGCCAUGACAAUGAUAGUAGCAGUGUCAAGUCAUUCUGUAAAUCUGUUGAUUCCCUCUUGACCACUGAAAUAACUGUCGAACCUUGUAACAGCGGUAUCGGCACUAUCAGUUCUACUGGCUAUUCAUUUGAUCGGGAAACAUUGAACAGCUUCAACUCAUCAGGUGUGUGUAGUAUUCAGUCUUCAAGAGGUUUUUCAUCAACCAGUUGUAGCAGAGGUAGUGGACAUGUUGAGAGGCCACUUGAACCCACUAAAAUGCAUAAAAAGAGGGCUAGACCUGGUGAAAGUUGCCGACCUAGGCCCAGGGAUAGACAAUUGAUCCAAGAUCGCAUCAAGGAGCUCCGCGAGCUGGUUCCAAAUGGUUCUAAGUGCAGUAUAGACUCACUUCUAGAACGGACAGUCAAACACAUGGUCUUCAUGCAAAGUAUUACCAAGCAUGCUGAAAAGCUAAAGAAGUGCUCUGCAUCAAAGCUGGUUGCCAAGGAAUUGGGUAUCUCCGGGUCUUCCUCCCAUGAGCAUGGUUCAAGCUGGGCGAUGGAAGUUGGAAGUAACCUAAAAGUUUGUCCAAUGAGGGUUGAAAACUUAAGCAUGAACGGUCAAAUGCUUGUAGAAAUCUUUGAAGAUGGCAGCCAUUUCCUUGAUAUAGCAGAAGCUAUCCGGAGCUUGAAUCUUACUAUUUUAAAAGGUGUGGCAGAGGCUUGUGGUGAGAGGACACGUAUGUGUUUCGUGGUUGAGGGGCAGAAUGAUAGAACCUUGCAUCGCAUGGAUGUACUAUGGUCGCUUAUGCAGAAACUACAAGCAAAGAUCAGCAUGUAAAGCUGGAAAGUCGGAGAGAGACUUUUACUAAUCAGUUGGAGGUAUCGGACUCACUAACAUGUGGUAUCUUCAGAGUAUAUGCAGGGUUUUAAGGUAUUGAUCAUCAGUCAAGGAUACUGAUGUUUCAAAGGUUUUCUGUGCAAUAUCAGAUUUCCCUUCUAGACAAGUGCUCAUUUCAUUUUUUCCUGCAGUGUGAAGAUGAUAGAUUGUUUGUUUCUUGUUUGUUCCAUCGCUAAGUGUAUCUAUUUUCUUGUGUUAUAUGUGUAAUGCUCCCCUACGAAAAGCGUUAUGCUCUUGACAAGGUGAGGCUUUCUCGUAGAGAUCCUCCACGUCCAACCAAUAGAUUAGAAGUUCGAGAGGGUAAUGCAUUUCAAAGUUGGAGGGGGGUAAGUGGUAAAUCAGUAUUGUUCCCUCUAGAGGGUGGAGAGUGAAAACAGAAAGGGUUAUGCUCUUCAUCAUGUAACCUUUUUUUAGAGUGUGCAUGUAUUCAGAAUUUAUCGUGUACAUCAUUGAGAUUGACCUUCAACAUGAGGUGACUUAUUAGUUACUUAUCAGAUGCUUUGGUGAUAAUGCAUUUCAAAGUUGUUUUA